CUGGAAUAGAAGUAAAGUUAUUGACCUUCAGGUUUCCAUUUCGAUUUUAGCUUCAACUGUUUCCGUAGCUGAGAGCUGCAACAUUUUAACGCCUACCUGGUGUCUCUAUGCUGUUGUGAUACUUAUCCUGCGCUUAUACGAAAUUUGGGAGAUCAUUGGACCUUCCUCUAUCCAGUGUUGACGUAUUUGUAUUGACAAGAUGGCUUCCCCACAGGUGGAGCUGCAAAAUACAAACAACCAUACUAGUCAUGCUAAUGCUGCCGACAUCAAGGCUUCUGCUGCAGCAAAUGACCAAGGUUGGAAAGCCCAACUUAAAAAGCCACCAAAAGAUUGUAGAGUUAGAACCUCAGAUGUGACUAAUACCAAAGGAAAUGAAUUUGAAGAUUUCUGCCUGAAACGCGAACUUCUUAUGGGUAUAUUCGAGAAAGGUUGGGAAAAACCCUCCCCUAUUCAAGAAGCUAGCAUUCCUAUUGCACUAACAGGGCGUGAUGUUUUGGCAAGAGCCAAGAAUGGUACUGGGAAAACGGGUGCCUACGCAAUUCCAAUUAUAGAAAGAACGGACUCUUCACGAGAUGAAGUACAAGCAAUGAUAAUAGUACCCACAAGAGAGCUGGCACUCCAGACUAGUCAGAUAUGUAUAGAACUGUGCAAGCAUCUGGGCUGUAAAGUCAUGGUCACAACCGGUGGAACAAAUCUCAAAGAUGACAUUAUGAGGUUGUAUGAUCCAGUGCAUGUUAUUAUCGCCACCCCAGGGCGUAUCCUUGAUCUCAUGAACAAGAAUUUGGUGAAGAUGGGCAAAUGUGGCAUAUUAGUUCUUGAUGAGGCGGACAAGCUAUUGUCUCAGGACUUCAAGGGGAUGUUGGACAACAUUAUCAGCCAUCUACCACCCGACAGACAAAUCCUGCUCUACUCGGCUACUUUCCCUCUGACUGUGGAGCAGUUUAUGAGGAAACACUUGAAAACCCCCUAUGAGAUUAACUUGAUGGAUGAACUCACACUGAAGGGUGUAACACAGUAUUAUGCAUUUGUACAAGAAAAACAGAAGGUUCACUGUCUCAACACAUUAUUUUCAAAGCUCCAAAUCAACCAGUCCAUCAUCUUCUGUAACUCGACAAACCGUGUGGAGCUGUUGGCCAAGAAGAUUACAGAGUUGGGUUACUCCUGCUACUACAUCCAUGCCAAGAUGAACCAGCAACAUCGUAACCGUGUGUUCCACGACUUCAGACAGGGGCUCUGUCGCAACCUUGUCUGCUCAGAUCUGUUUACAAGAGGUAUUGACAUUCAAGCUGUCAAUGUUGUCAUCAACUUUGACUUCCCGAAGCACGCAGAAACAUACCUCCACAGAAUUGGUCGAUCAGGAAGAUACGGCCACCUUGGCGUGGCCAUAAACCUGAUUACUUAUGAUGACAGAUUUGCAUUACACAAAAUCGAGCAAGAACUGGGCACAGAAAUCAAACCAAUUCCCAAACAGAUUGACCCCUCAUUGUAUGUGGCAGAGUAUGGGAUGGAGAGAGAGGACGAUGAUGAUCCGAGCACAGGGGCAACAGCUGGGGGCAACUGAAUCAGCCACCGUCCAGCCCCGCCCUCUCCCCACCUCCAACCCUCCCUCCCUCCAUCCCUCCCUCUGUUGACUACAGCAAAUGCCAAACAAUGUAUAUAGACUUGUACCUAUCACACGAAGAUGCAGCAGAAAAUGCAGCAGCAGUACCACACCCAAGCCUGAUCUAGCGGCAAACAGUGGGUAAAUCAAGCCAUUGUCAGCGCUGGAGUGCUCUUUGUUUUUGUUUAUUUUAUUAUUUAUUACUGUAAUCAAGGCUGAUGCCAUGUCUGAGUGCAACUUCCAGUUUUGAUGUUCAGCUCAUGAUUACAAAUUUGAAAGAUGUCACGAUUGCGUUUUGGAUGACUUGAAGACAAAGCCAUUGCUGGAAGUACGAGGACAGUGUUUCUUGUUUGGAGCUGUUGAGUUUUACUUUCUGUGUAUGCUGAGUGCUGUCUGCUUGUUAAGACAGGAGUAAGGUUUGAAAAUGUGCGUUCAAAUGGUGCUCAUUUGUUUCUGAUGGUUUAGGAUUGGGUUGUGUUAGAAAAACUUAGGGAAAAAACUACGAGAAGACUAGGAUGGCCUGUGAAUUAAAUGCUUUCUUGAGAAAAACUUGUGAAACUGGAAUCCUGGUACAAUCAUACACGCAAAUUGAAAAGUUUGCUUGUGAAAAGUUGAACUUUGUGGCAAAUGCCAGGUUUGAUAUGGAUCUGGAUUCCCACAGGCGAAGUGUCUACAAUCUGAGCCCUUGCAUUUUCCCUGAUACCCAGCUCUCCAUUGUUUCAAUUACAUUGACUCAAUUUGAAGCAGUACUGUACAUAAAAUACUUUGCAGCCAUGGAAAUAUCAUCAGAACUUUCAUCGCCCUUUAUCAUAAUCCUCAUUCAUUGUCAGGAAUUAAAUCCCAUUUCACAUUAACUCAUCCGUACCGAUUGCCUGGUUCAUAGAGAGGAGGGAUAUGCUAAAAACAGGCCUCUUGCAUGUCAUUAUGCAGAGGGCUUAAUAACUUGAGACAAAAGAUAUUGCACAUUGAUGUAAAUGCAUCAUGGUGUUGCAUAUUUCAAACUGCACGUUGAAAUGAGGGCUGUCAGUUUGCCCUUAACAACCACUACUUGCCCAUAUGAAAGCAAAAUGCACUGAAUAUGAUAUGCGUUGACGACCACAUAGUCUUUACUGUACAAGAGCUGUUCUGAUGUUAAAAGUAACUCAGUGCGAUGAAUGAAAAACAAUUUCUCAGACAUGGAUGUGGCCUGUGUUUAGCAUUGCCUUGCAGUGAGCCAGCAAUAUUCACUAGAAGGACAUGGGUUUCUGGGGAUUUAAAGAACAUGCAGGUCACAAGUUACCUAAAAAAUAUCAGCCUUGACAUGCCAGUUAUUUGUCAUAAGUCCACUGACAUAGAUUUGACUGUUCUAAUGUUCUGUUAAGAUUUAACCUUGGGCUGACCAUUAUUCAUUGAAAUGCCGAAGUAAUUUAAGCCAUGUGAUGAAGGUUUGAAAACUGACCUGGCGUCCAAUGCUAUGUGGUGUGAGGAUUGAUGGCUUCAGAUGGUUUUGCAAGAACUGCAGGGGAUCUGUUUGAAGUUGAUGUGAAAUGUGAUUUAGUUGUGCUUUUGUAUGGUGGAAUUGUUGACUAAAGAGCCGUGUUUGAUUAUGAGCCUGAUAUGAACAAGUGUUGACAAUUCUGCCAUUUAGACAGAUCACCUGCCUCCCCGGACAUUGGUUCUGAUGAAUUUUCCACUUCUAGAGAGUUUGUAAUAUAUAUUUUUGUACAGACAAAUUCUCAUGUUGAGGGACUUCCAUAGCAGACUGACUGACCCAGGAAUAACUGGAUUUGUGGCGGUGGUGAUGCACACAAGUGUUGCCUCAAGUACUGGCAAGCAAAUCUGAAAUGAGAUAGGACUCCUGAGCCAGUACCUAGGGCAGUGUGCACUGUGCAUUGCAUGCUGAACAAAUCUGCUGCCUCCUGCUGAGAUAUGCCAAGGUACCAUUGUGUAAAUAUUUCAUGGAAGUCGGUUCAUGACCUACAUAUCACUUGAUCAUCGUGUAUUGUGUGAAGUGAGCAGGGUGCACAGCUCUGUACGAACCAAUCUGUGUGAGAAGGCGACAGUUCAAUGGUAAUAUGCUGUCGGUACACUGGAAAUGGAUUCUUGUUCAUCGUGUUCAUUCCAGUAUUGACAUCGAGCACCAUGUUUUCAUUGCAUAUGUUACGACUGAGUGAUGGAGACUGUUGACUAGCUGAAGUCCCAGGAAAACAUUCAACUUCAUUGACACUGUACAGUUGGUGUAGAAAUCAAUGUGUCAUGGCUGUGAGGCCAUAAGUCAUCGUCGUCCAUGCAAUACAUUGUGAGGAUAGAGACCUCUUAUCGCUGGUGAGCAGCCAGCAGCUGAGUCAGGUUUACCAAACACUGACCAGACCGUGUGAGAGGAGUAAGCAAGGCCAGGCCAGUACUCGACAUAAACAGGACAGAUGUAGUGCUGAACAGCUAUCUUCUGACAGGGAUGUGAUCAUGAAAUGGCUAAGAGACAACAAAUCACAAAACUCUUCAAAGAGACAACGACUCUUGUGUCCCAGUGCUGAUAAGCUACUCUUUAACAAGGGUGACCAAUCAUUGUCAACACUGGGGACAAACUACCUCUCAUCUGUAUGCUACAACAUAGAUGGUAUUCUCGUUCCAUGUGACAACUUUACUACACAAGUCCAGUUCAGAAUUAAGUCUGAAUGGUAUGGAAGACAUCAAGCUGAAGACCUGUUGCUUUGUCCAUGAUUGUCGAAUGUCUUAUGUGUAAGAUAGUCAUUUUUCAGGUUCGGGCAAGGAUGUCUCAAGAGACCUCUGUGAAAUGUGUACUGAUGAGAGGUUUGUGUCCAGGUCCCACAUCUUGGUCCUCUGACAGCUGUGUUGGAGCUGUCCUUGUGGGUGAGCUUGACCACCGCAAGUAGUUUCUCCACAUGUACCACGAUGGUUGACCCUUUAGCAGGGCAGUUAGUGGACAUGCUGACCUUCAUGGACAGAACCUGCAAGGACUUUCAUGACUGAAGAAUGGGGCGUGAACAUGUUUAACUUAAGUAAAAAACACCAUAAUGCAGCUUACAGGUGACGUGAGAUAUUUGGUCAUGUCAGUCCAUCCUUGAGAGAUGACCAUGCUUCAUUAAACAUCUUGUUACAAAGAUGUAUAAAUUGUGAAGCAUUCACUAAGCAUUGCCGGUCAUCACAGAAACACACUACUUCAGUCCUUUCAAAUUCCGUAAAACAAUAAAAUGAGAAUAUUUUUACUAUUUGGAAGCUUGACUUUAGUGGAUUGUCAUGACUGACUAAUCUCUCCUUGCCUGGAACUGCAUUACUUAAAUUCAGAAUUAUAUCCAAUUUUUAUCCCAGGCUGAUAGGCAUCAUAUACACUUGAUAAGAUUACGAAAAUCAAAACGUUUGAGCCUAUGGCUGAAUAUGUCAGAUACUUGUGUGUAAAUAUAUAUACUGUGGUGAUCAAUAAGGGAACAAAGCAGUAGUAAAAACACUCAUGAAAUCCUAAAGAGUUGCGAAUAACUAGACCUUUCAUUUGUCUCACUUCAUAUGAGGCAUUUGUACUGGACUCCACUGUUCCCUUAUUUUUCACCAUCAAUAUAUGAAAAUAAUCGGUGGAAACAAAAGAACUUGAUAGUUUCAUCUACAGUCUGGGAUAGAUGGGUAACUUUUGUUGAUUGUUACAGAAAAUACAAACAAGCAAAAAAAAAAACAACCUUUUUUAAGUGUUACCUGAGAAUACGGAUGUAUGAAACAGUCGGAUAUUUCUCGAAUCAACAGUGGCGAUUGCCAAAAUAACGUUAUGUGAACACAGUUGUGACAGAUGCUGUUGGGAAAUGAUAGUGUUGAUUUCUAGAAAGAUUUUAUUGCUUCAUCAUUCAGUUUGGACAUCAAUGAAAGCUUUGAAAUUAACAUGAAAAAAAGGGAAAAUAGUUGUCCAAAAAUAUGGUCCAUUGUUUUAGUAGACCCACCCUGUAUGUUUGUUGUACAAGUCUGUCACAAUAACAUGCAGAAAUCUUAAAUUUUAUUACUGCAGGGCCAUAUGUGUAAAUUCAAAGUUAUUUAUUUGGUUUCAAUUUAGAAUUAAACUUUGAAAAAUUUUCAAGUCACAAGUCUGAUCAAUUUCAUGGUAAUUACAAAGUUCAAAUGUUGAAUGAAAUUGAUAGAUUUGUGAUUUCUUUCUGCCUGUAGAGGCAUAUUGUGUUAGCGUGUCAGCAAGCAUCUACAGGCUUCCUAGAUCCUUAACAAACCAGAGGUGUUGACUAUACAAACCUUUUUCACUGAAACAAGAAAAACUAAACUAGGAAUCACUGCCUCUUAGGUGCUUGCUGGCAUAGCAUGGAGACUAGGUCUCUACCACAUUUGGGCUACCUUGAGAAGUUUCAUUGACCACAAAAUUAUCAGCUAGUUGUAAUCAGAUGCAGUGAUAUGACCUUGCCUUUGUCUUGCGUCUGGAAAAUCUAGGUCCUUAAAAAUCAAGAGAAGUUGUCAGCAUUGUGCUUGAGCUAGAUUAUGUUCAGUUUUGUGGUCAUAAUACUUUUCAAGGUUGUCCUUAUAGGCAGCUGUGAUACUGCCUUAGUAACCAUGGUAACAUUCCUUUUGAUGUUGCCAUGGUGAUGCUGAACUGAUCACAUUGCAUAGUUCUCCUGCUCUCUAUCAAAGUUACAAAAUUGCGAGCAGACGUCAAAUCCUUGUUUUUGACAGGAGGAGCAUGAAAAGAGACGGUUGGUAUUGCCAAUAUUAACAAAUGUGCUGGGUUGUUGUGUUUAUGCUCUUGAAAGGAUGUCAAGUGUUUUCAAAAAGAAGGAAAAUCGUGCCCCAUUCCACAAAGUGAAUGCUUGGACUGAAAUCUGGUGAACUAAAGUUUCAACAGUCUUCGCAGUACAAAUGCUUUGUGGGACGGGUCCCUAUAGUUUUCGGUAUGUCCGUUAGGACGUUCAUUGUCAACACUGGCGUAAAUAUUACGAUUUUGGAGACGGUUUGUGUGAUGUGGUCAGUUCACAUUUAUUGCAAGUUGAGGGAUGUUAAGGCUUAAGGCCAUGUUUAAGGGAAGGGAGUAACAAUUGUUGGGAGGGUGGGACUAAAAAGGAAAAAUAGCAUCAACAUGAAAUUUGCUGGAAGAUCAAGUCUGAUGUAAGAUUUAUUUUUAAAUGGUACAUUCCCAGUGUUUUCUGAGGGUGUCGAAUGAACCAAGAUGAAUCCCAUAUCUAUCGAUCAAUGAAACUUAUGGUUUAAACUUUCGAGUUUUUCAUAUUUCCCUUGAAUUCCAGCGUGAAGAAAGAAUCUAGGAAAUAGAAUUGUUGCGUAACAAUUUCAUGAGCUAACACUUCUGUACAAGGAUGUAACUUGAUAUUUUUAUGCAACAUUCUAACUCUUGCCAAGGUUCUUUUUUCAGAUGUUUGACUUGAGAUGUUGAUGAGCUGUUUUCAACAGUUAACAAACCGUUUUUGAAUGACGUUUUAUGGGGGCUUUUUUUUUUUUUAAAGGUUCAAGGGUAGAUGACAACUUUCUGGUUUAAAUUUCAUCUCGAUGCCACACAGAAAGGUUUUCAUGCACAUGAAGUCCAUUCUGUAUGUCUCGGAGGUGAGUCUUGGCAGGUCAGAUAAUAGUCAUUAGAUCACUUUUUAUACUGGCCCACUCACAGUUGAUCUCGAUUGCAACAAAACUGAAGAUAACUUAAUAUAUUUACAAACAUUGAUUUAUGGUAAGUCUAUUAGAAAUUUUAUUUGUCAAGUCCUGUAGCCUUUCAUUUAUAAAGUUGCAUGCAUCUGAACUAAACCAUUGCAUUGAAACACUGGGGCAAUGGGGUAGCCUCGUGAUUAAAGCGUUUGUUCAUCUGGCCAAAGGUCAUUGUUCGAUUCCCCACAAGGGUACAAUGUGUUAAGCUCAUUUCUGUAGUUCCCCCACCGUGAUAUUUGCUGGAAUAUUGCUAAAAGCUAAAAACAAUACUCACUCACUGGUACUACAGCUUCUCAAGUGCUA